AUGGAUAACAUUACUCCCAUCCUAGAUUUCCUCCGCGAGCAAGUCGCAGAAGCCCGAGAGCAGCAAAGAGGAGAGCAGCCAGAAGCUCUCUCGGACCAGGACCUGGCUCUCCAGGCCUGGCAACAGGAGAUAGAACAGUAUGAGGCCCUUAGACUAGAUCGUGACCUUGCCAUUCGUCUUGGAGAGGGCCAUGAAUUACACCAAGACCAGCCAGCCAAUUCCAACCAGCCAUCGAGUCAUGUCAUCCCAGAUGGGGUGAGAGUGCAGUGUAUAUCUUGCACUGAAAACUUUGCAAUCGCCAACACGAUCAGAGCCCAGUGUUCGCACAACUACUGUGGAACUUGCGCCGCAAAGCUAUUCAACAGUGCCCUUAUAGACGAGACGCUCUUCCCUCCCCGCUGUUGCCGUGUUCCAAUUCCAAUCUCUACAGUUCGACAUCUAGUAGGAGACGACUUCGUGAACAGAUUCCAUGAAAAGUGCCUGGAGCGUACCGACCCUAAGUCAACGUAUUGUUCGAAUUCUGCCUGCUCCAAGUACAUUCUUUCUUACCUUGUCAUGUUGAAUGUCGUUACGUGUUAG